GGGGCCAUGGCGGGGCGCUGGGGCCGCGUGGGGGCGCUGAGCGGGGCCGGGGCGGUGGGGGCCGCUGCCUACGGGGCGCACGGCUUUCGGCGCAGUGACCGGGACGACUACCAGAAGGAGCUCUACGAGACGGCCAACAAGUACCACUUCCUCCACAGCCUGGCGCUGCUGGCCGUGCCCCACUGCCACCGCCCUCUGCUGGCCGGCGCGCUGCUCACCUCCGGGAUGGGGCUCUUCUGUGGACCUCUGUAUUACCAUGCGUGGAGUGGAGACCCGACUCUCAACAAAGCGGCCCCCUACGGGGGCUCCCUCCUCAUCCUCGGCUGGCUGGCGAUGGCUCUCUGACCCCCCCCACCCUUGGGGGACCCCCUGGCUGACCCCUACCCCCCCCCCCGCACCACUGGGGCUCCUGGCCCCGCCCACCCAGCUGAAUUGUCACUCAAGCCCCGCCUCCUGCGUGUGGGCCUGGCUUCCUCCAGCACUGGCCCCGCCCCCACUGGCGAGGCGAUGUAGCCAAUAGGUGAACUGGAGGUGGGGGGGGGGGCGUUGACUGUCCCAACCACUGACCAAUUGGAGAGCUGGGCUUAAUGUGUGCCUGUCACUCGCGGGCCUGGAUCUGCAACCAAUGGCAAAGCAGGAGGCCCUCCUCCUCCAUUGGCCGAGCUGGUGGCCAAUCAGAAGGCUGUCUCUAGGGCGGCUGUUGUCAUUGGCCAAGGGAGUUCUCACCCAGGGACCAACUUUCUAGCCAGUGGGAGGGGAGCUCUUCAUUCAUUGGCUGAUGCUGAGGGGUGGGCGGGCACUAGGCUAAGCCUUGUCCUAUCACAGGCUGCCUGGGUUCUGAUUGGCUGGGUGGAGCGGAAAAGCGGGAUUGUCGCUUCAUGUGGAAAAUCGGUUGAUUUGACGAUUUUUUGAGUCAGUUUUUUCUUAAUUAACGAAUCAAUAAACGCUAAUUUCUAUGCUGAG